UUUUUAAUAACACACUGUCAUACAGGGAGACAGAUCUGUUCGACCUGAACUGUGAGAAAAUGUUACUCACUGUGGUGUUGUGUUUACCUGUAAUUUUUGUCCCGUGGAGCGACUCAUUACCGACGAGACGACAGCCGGGUCCAGUCAACAACCGACCGAUUAUUGGAAUUUUAACUCAAGAAGUAGAAGAUGAUGUGAUGAAGCCGUUUGGAAAGACCUACAUCCCUGCUUCCUAUGUCAAGUAUAUAGAGUCAGCUGGAAGUAGAGUGGUACCUAUCAGGUUGACUCAGAGUACUGCCGAGUAUGAGAAGAUUUUCAAGUCAAUUAAUGGCCUGCUACUCAUCGGAGGUUCGUCAGAUCUCGAGACGUCAGACUUUGCAAAGGUGGCAGGGAUCUUCUACAGGCUUGCCCUCAAGGCCAAUGAUGCUGGAGACUCCUUUCCUAUUUGGGGCACAUGUCUAGGGAUGCAACUGCUGACUUGUCUGGUGGCUGGAGAGAACCUGUUGACCAAAACCACAGCUGAGAACAUGGCCCUUCCCCUGAACCUCACCAAAGAGGCCCAUUCCAGUCAAAUGUUCCAGGGGUUCCCCAGUGAUAUCAUGAAGGCAUUAUCCCAGGAAGCUUUGACAGGGAAUUUUCACCAAUAUGGAGUGACCAUGAAGACAUUCAAGGAAAAUGAGAAGUUACAAAGUUUCUUCUCCAUCUUGUCCACGAACACAGCUGAAAAUGGUGCCAUCUUUGUCUCAACCAUGGAAGGGAGGACCUACCCCUUCUAUGGGGUCCAGUGGCAUCCUGAGGUGAACCGUUUCCAGUGGGACCCCAAACUCAACUUCCCCCACUCCUCAGACGCUGUACGCGUGGCCUCCCUACUGGCUGAGUUCUUUGUCAAUGAAGGCAGGAGAAGUAUGCAUCACUUCGACCAGCCUGAGGAAGAGGCCGUGUCACUCAUAUACAACUACACACCAACCUACGCUGGCAACUUCACUGGAUACGAGCAGAUCUACUUCUUCUGAGAUGUUGAAGUUCUGCCCUCACAACUCUAUAAUUCAUCCCUGAUGUUAUUAUGGGAUGUUAUGAGAAGUUUACCAUGGGCACUAAUUGUUGUUGGGCGUAAAUUGCUGGAGAUUGCUGUUGGGUGUAAAUUCUCAUUGUUGAAAUGAAUUCAACCUUCUGGCCCAAUCUCUGGCCCAUUGACACUGAACAAAAAUAUAAACGCAACAUGUAAAGUGUUGGUACCAUAUUUCAUGAGCUGAAAUAAAAUAUCCCAGAAAUGUC